UUACUUAAUGAUAUCUCAACACUGGAUAUUCACGAUAGGUACUUUUUUUAGAGAUGACCGUAUUCUCUCAAGAACAGAUUGCUAAGCUUCACAGUUGGAACAUUUUCAUUGAGUCACUGUGUCUACUAGGAUGGCUAUGGGAGGCUGAUGUGCAGUAUCUCUGGAUAGUAAGAGAGAGCAGCACUAAAUUUUAGAUGUGAAAAAUGCAAAGGAAGAAAACGCAUCUGUCUGGGAUGAUCGUAGUUGCAGCAGCUGUGAAUUGCUGCAGAACAGUGAAGUACAGCUGAAUCUGAGGUGAAACUUCAGGAGGGUUUUAUCAUUAACCAUAUUAAACAUGGUGGGUUAGCAGAGCUGAUAACCAUCCAGUUAUGCAGCAUACUGAGCAUACCAAGAGAAUGUAGUACCAAGUCAGGCCAACAGUGCAUUAUAUUAUCUCAGUUUAGAAAAGAUGUCUUCAGUGGUGUGUUACUAGUAGAAUAUAUUGGGAUUUUUAGUUUUAUAACCAUUGUAUAAUGCUACUUUCUACAGACCUCUUUUCUUCCCCAUUCUUACAUGGUCUAAGAUGUGAAAUGGGCACUGUAUGCAAAUAUUUAAGAGAUACAGGCUAUAUAGGUGUUACAGCAAGAUGUGGGGGAGAGACGAUGUUUAUAGUAUGCCAAGGCACACAGAACUUUCCUUUCAAGAUGUUCUACUAUUUUAACGUUAUGAGCACAAGACCCAUUACACCCUGUUCUUGCCAAGAUUAUGUGCUGCUUCUGUUAAGAUGUAGCUUCCUGUAAUUGUACAAACUACAUCUGUUUCCCUGCAUGUUCAAGCUUAUUGUAGGUUGUGCGCUUUUCUUCCUCCCCCUCUAUUUUUGUUAAACUGGUUUAAACUUUUUCUAACAGGAUUUCUACAAUUGGCCUGAUGAAUCCUUUGAAGAAAUGGAUAGUACAUUAGCUGUUCAGCAGUAUAUUCAGCAAAACAUAAGGGCAGACUGUUCCAACAUUGAUAAGAUCCUUGAACCUCCUGAAGGCCAGGAUGAAGGUGUAUGGAAACAAUUCUGCCUUGAGCUCAAUGGACUAGCUGUCAAGCUUCAGAGUGAAUGUCACCCAGACACAUGUACUCAGAUGACAGCAACUGAACAAUGGAUUUUUCUUUGUGCAGCUCAUAAAACUCCCAAAGAGUGUCCUGCUAUAGACUACACCAGACACACACUUGAUGGAGCUGCAUGUCUUCUGAAUAGCAAUAAAUAUUUCCCCAGCAGGGUUAGCAUAAAGGAAUCCUCUGUAGCCAAAUUAGGAUCAGUGUGCCGAAGGAUUUACAGAAUAUUUUCACAUGCUUAUUUUCAUCACCGGCAGAUAUUUGAUGAAUAUGAAAAUGAAACUUUCUUGUGUCACCGGUUCACUAAGUUUGUGAUGAAGUAUAAUCUGAUGUCCAAGGAUAACCUGAUUGUACCAAUUUUGGAGGAAGAAGUGCAAAAUUCAGUGUCAGGGGAGAGUGAGGCAUGAUGGGAAUGGCAGUACAGAAGCCUGUACUGAAUAUAAACAAAACAUUAAUUAUGCACUGUAUAUAUCAUUUUAGACACUUCAAUCACGUAUCGUCAUAGCUUUGUUUAGUAUACUUUUUGUAUGCUGUGUGCAUUGCCUUUUAAUAUGGGAAAUACUUUAAGUUAUUCAUGAGCUGUAUAUUCAUCAAUGUGGCACUCAUGGUUUUUAAAUAAAAGUAGUAGUGUCUGUUUAUAAUGCCUGUUAAUAAAAGAAUUUACAGUUCUCUAAAAUUGCUGCUAAACAAUCAUUGAAUCACAAUCCUGAAGAUGUGUCUGAUUGGGUGGGAAAAAAGUGAGAUUAAGAUUUUCACAGCAAGCCAUUUUUAAUGCAGUAGCUAUAGUAAGUCUUAGUUCAAAGAUUAUCACCUUAAAUAUAUAAUUCUGCAGGAAGCUUCUUGCAAUGUAGCUUAUUCCUAAUUUAGCUUUUAUUUUUUUUAAAUGGCUUUGAAGAUAUACUUUUGGAUGUGCAUGUUCCUGUAUGCCUAUAUCCAAAUACUAAUAGGAUCUAUAGUAUUAGUAAUACCAAAAGGACAAUUCCACUAUGCUAUUGAACAUAUAUAUUCUUGAUAUACAUCUAACUUUCUGGACUUGUUUUUUUGUUAACAGUGGAGGUUUGUGUACAACAGGGGACAGGUUCUGUCCUGUUAAGGCAGACGUCUGCUGUUCUCCAGUCCACAACUUCUCUAAAGAAUAACUGUGGCAGAAAAGUCAAUGGCUUAUACCUGCGCAUAUUCAUGGCAACCGCUUACAGACUGUAUCUCGUAAAUACUCAUGUUACACUACAUAACACACUACCAGAGUCUUUGCUUGUAUUCCUAGUAAAAACAUUCUUAAGUACCUGAGAUACUGAACCUGAUUCUUUGCAAGAGUUAAUCAUGUUUUCAAUAUACAUUGCUUUGUUUUUCUUCAUUCACCUGAAUUAUAUUAUUUGACAGAAAGAUUUGGAUUCAUGCUUCUGUUCCCUAUCAGAUGUUUAUUUCAAGUUGUGUUUGCAGAUUUGCAAUAACUGACAAUUUCCAUGAGUGCUGCUUAAUUGUGUUAUGUCUAGAAUGAUAGAAUUAAAUAAUUUAGAGAUGAAUAUAGCAGACAUACUGCUAAGGGUACAUGAAUUCAGGGUCUAAAAGCACUAGCAGUGUUCUUCUGUUAAAUGAAUUUUGCUUAGCUAAGAAGUUAGCUGGUUUUUUCUCUCUGAGGUUGCCAGGAGCCCUCUUUUUAUUUCUUUAAGCAGGUCAGAAUGGGCUAACUCCACUAGUUUCUAUAAUCUAUGCUUUGUUUUCUAUGUUAUAUUUACCUGGAAAGAAGGGAGUCCACCUAUUUUUAAUAAGUCUUUUUUCAUAAUAUACUAAACAUGCCUUAAAUUCUAUUUUUCUUUAUAUGAAUCAAGCACACCUCAAGCAACUGUACCACCUGGAUGUAAAGGGGAUUUAAACAAUGAGAAAAUAGACUAAGCUUAUGUACUUCAACAGCUGUAUUCUUCAGCAGCUCCUUUUGUCUUAUGUUUAUCAUUGUAUGUAGUUGUCAGCAGGGUAAUUGCAUGAGAUGUUGUCCGAGUAAAAGUAGCUUUAGUUACUGUCUAUACAUGUAGCUAUAACUUGCCUUGUAUAGACUAGGUUACUUGAUUUUGGUAAGUUUGUACUGCAGGUAGGAGGGCUGUAUUCUGGAGGUAGUAAAAUUUAAUUAAUUUUGUUAGAGUCUGCUCUAGGACCAUCCACGGUGUGGUUCUCUUGUACAGUCACUCUGCAUGCUUGUAUUGGCCGUGGUGACUGAGACAGGCAAAACAUGUAACUGGUGUUGCUAAUUAAAUUUCCUCUACCAAACUGAAGAAAAAUGAUGUGGUGGUCAGGACUGCAUUAAAAUUUCAAACCUCUUUUUUCUUCUUCUUAUGCUUUAAGAGUUUCACUUCAAAAUAAAACUUGGGAAGUUUUAAUCCUGUUAUUCUCAUUCAGAUUUGCACUGUAAAGUUGACUUGCUAUACUAAGCUGAUUUCAUAUAAGGCCUAAGUGAAACACUGCUUGUAUUUUCCCUUGCUAUUGUUUACAUGAGUACUACUAUGUACACACAUGUGCCUGAAUGGUACCAUAAAACUUCAGUUAGCCUAAGCAAACCAUUGAUUUGUCUAAUAAAUAUUGUCAGGUUUAAUUUAGACUCUACAUAAUAGGGAAACAGAGACUGUCUUUGAAUUAUAUUGUAACAAAACAACAAAAAAAGAUAAAAUUAAACUGUUUCUUUAUCCAUACUGCUAUA